CCCCCUUGUACAGUUCACAGUCUGGAAAUUGUGUGCGAGACAAAGAUCAAGGUCGCCUGUCAUUUUCGCCGCCACUCACACCGAAGCAUAUGCGUUUGUACUUUGUACGGGAGGACGUCAGCAGCAGCUUGUGUGCUUGUCCCAAGGUUGAGAAGAAGAGCAAGAAAGAAGAGGUUGACGUUCUGCUGCCUUUCAACGCCACGAGGUUCAGGAUGGUGUAAAUUAGAUUCUAUAUUGCUGAGCCUGUAGCUUUCAUAGCACACAUUCCGGUUUUGAAGGCAGCUUCGUUCUUUUGCUGUCCACAGAAUGUGACAAACACGCUGCUACAAGGACAAGUCUGGAGACUCCGAAAGAUUCAAGCGCCUAAAAAGACAUUAUGGUCUAGCCAGCGAGCUGCAUCUCCUUCGGGUUUAAGCAGCUCCUAAAAAGUGCUCUAAACAGGGCCGCCGUGCUCUCAGCCCCUCUUUGGCCGCCGCCAUGGCGGUCCAGAUGAUCUUGAACAAGCGCAAUAAGGCGGCGCUGGCCCGCAAGCUAUCAGAGGAAGGGCAACGGCCAGCUGACAUCGCCCUCGGCCCUCAGUACCGGUCCGGAUAUGGCCCCGGACGCACAACCUCUGAUAUGUCCGACCUGUCCGACGGUGAUGGUGGAAAGUACGGAGCGGUGGGGCUGGAAGAUGGGACCAACGUCAUUGAAGCCGACGACAAGCGCAUCGUGGCGCACGUAUUCGAUCUUGUCAAGGACAAGCUUGACAAGAAGAAGAGCUACUUCAAUCUCGGGACCUUCAUGAUUUUCGUCAUGCUCUACCUGAGCACUCUCUACCUGCAACUCGACACAUAUAACACGUUCCUGGUCAACUCGUCCUUUGAUUCUCUUCUGCCAGAGGACUCCUCUGGCAACACCGCCACAAAGGUGAAUUCAGUGGAAGAAAUCUACGCCUACCUCAACGAGACGAUCUUGACCCCCCUAUGGGCGGACCCUGUGUGCGGGGACGGCAUCUGCGACCGUCCGAUCGAGUUCCCCGGCUUCGGACGGUUCGGAUGCACGCCCGACUGCGGCGCGAUGCCCUCGGAUGACGUCAUCAUCGAGUUCCAGACGUCAUUCGACACGGCGCAGAACCAGCAGGAGUCGAGCUGGAACCUGUGCCAGACGUACCCCAACGACCUGUGCUGGUACGAAAAGGAUCAGACCUUCUCUGACCUAUCGGCGACUACGACCACCACACUGAGCCUGCCCAACGGCACGUGGGAGAUGGUGCUGACGUCACCCCAUCGGGGCCUCCAGGGUAACGUCAAGACCCAGCUGGCAACCGGGGCAGGAUCCCCGGGCAGUGACGGAUUCCAAGUGCUGGCGUCGUGGGGCAACUGCGUGUCGGACGACGAGUCGGAGCUGGUCCGCUGCCGCACGAUUUGCGCCCAGAAUGCGGUGUGCGCCGCCAACGCGUGCUCGAACCUGGAGCUGACGGACAUCCCCCAGAUCUUCAUCGACUGCACCAACAUCUGCAAUACGAAUGCAACGCUCCAGGACCCGUAUCAGAACGCCACGUGUCUCCAGGCAAUCUCGCUGGCGUCCAACUCGAGCUCGUCGUUCCUGGGGGCCUCGCUCCUCAACUGCACACUCGACGAGGUGUACCUGGCAGAGAACCCGAUUCAGGUGGCCAUCGGAAACACGACCAGCGCGCCCGCUCCCGUUGCUACUAGCGCAAAUACCACCGGUCUCAUUGGCGGGAGCGCGCGGCGCCUGUUCCAGACCGGCGCCGAUCCAACCAGCGGCAACGCGACCCUCAUCUACUGGAACAAGUUUGGCAGUACCGACGGGCAGCGCUACCGGAACCUGGCGACUGCGCUCGCGCGGGCUUUGGAGUCCUGGCAGAUUGACUCCUGCCUCUGCCCGUACGCGUUCAAUCGCCAGAGAUUAGGCCCUCCCAUGCUGGGCUUCUUCUGCGCGUACUUCGGCGGGCCCCCGACGCUGGAGGGCUGUUCGUACCGGCCACCGGGCACCGACACGAACCUGACGUCAGCCAACUUCCCAGAACUGCUGAAUGUGCUUUCCGACCGGUACGGCCCUACCAGCAAGUACAACAUCUCCCAAGCCGAACAAGACAAGUUCGUUACGAUUCUUCUGAACGCCGUAGCUUCCACCGUUUCCUUUGGAUAUGCGGCCGGCGAUGCCUUGAACCUGGACCAACGACUGCACUACACCGACACCGCGGUGGUUGCGCUCCCGGGGGACAAUUGUAACACACCCAACGUGAUCUUGCCGUGGAAGCUCAACGUGCAUCAGGCAACCAACAUCAGCGCCAGGGACUCCAUCCAAUGGGUCUGGAAGGACGACUUGCCCCAUGCGCUUAUAAGCCUGGGGUUACCUGAGAACAACAGCAUCUUCUCGAGCGUGGGGUCUGGCCGCCAGAUUGUCUCCCGCCAGACGGUCUGCACGCCCGAGAAUAUCCUCUCCUUCGAGACCGGGCAGUUUACCAAGGACCCGGUUCCCUGCAUCCUGGGCACCACCCGGGCGGGGAACGUCCCCGGGAGCUUCUCCUACACGCGCUUCUUCAAUGAUACGGGCUCCUUCACCUACAGCGACACCCGGUACUCGACAGCCAUGACCGGCGUCGUCAAUGUGGGCGAUUUCGUCGUCUCCGUCGGGAACAACGCCUCGACGGCGCCGAUUGCAUUCGAGUGCGCACCCUCGUGCAAAAUCGGGUCGCUCAACAACGGCCUGUGCGAUACUGAGUGCAACAACUUCGCGUGCGCUUUUGACGGCGGCGACUGCUCCUGCCCUGACACCAGCUCCGCGGCCGCCACGCCAAGCAGUUCAUCCUCCGGGUCCAGCUCUUCGUCCGCCACGUGUCAGUGCCCGGGCGACCAGAUCCGGGGAUCCGACGGCUCCUGCUGCUUGGCCCAGGUGGUCGGUGAACAGCUGCCGCUGUCAUUCGACGUCAUCCUGACGGACCUGAGCACGGAGUCCAUCUUCAACCCGGCCAACUUCACGCGGACCCGAUAUGCGAGCAACCACAACAGAAUCAUCGGCGGGUUGUUCCUCCACCAGACGCGCCUCGAAGCCUCUCGAUGCAGUAACAACAGGUUUGAGGAGCUCUUCGAGUUCUGCAUCGACGACGGCCAGUCCGUAACCCCAUACGGUGCUGACCCGGUCUUCAACCCAACGUCAGACCUCUUUAACCCUGACAUCAGCGUGGCGGAUUACUACCUGGAAAACGAGCUGAGCCCCCUUGGGGUUCCCUACGGGUUUUUCCCCAAACAGACGGAGGGCGAGGGCAAGGGGUUCCCGAUUGUUUUCGACAUCAACUUGGCGCAGGAUCAGGCCCAGUCGCGGUUGCAGUAUCUGCAGGAUGGACUCUUCAUCGACAACGCCACUGACGUCAUCACGAUGCGGCUGAUCACCUACAACGGUGCCGAGCGCCAGUUCAGCAGCAUGUCGGUCUACUUCACGUUCCAGAAGGGCGGCAAGAUCGCGGUCAAUCGUGACAUCAGCGCCGUCAGCGUGGAGCUCUACGCGCGCAACGUGGACUACUUCCGAGCGUGCCUUGAGAUUAUCGUCGCGCUUAUGGUCCUCUACAAUAUCUACACUGAGAGCCUUGAGAUGAUGGAGAUCUACCGGGAGACGGGGUCUAUCAAGGGCUACUUCGGCAGCCUCUACAAUUACGUUGACAUCCUGUCCAUCACGCUCAUGUUUGUGUGCAUCAUCAUCUGGAUCGUCUUCAUCACCACGCAAGCCAUGCCCUUCUCCGCCAAGGCGCGUUACGACAUCUACCAAGACCUUGGGUCCGACGCACGGUUCUUUGGCUUCGCGGUGCCCACUCAGUUCGGCGACUUUACCGCCUUGAUUUCCAGUGUCCGGGACUUGGUCGUCUACCGGUCCGUGUAUGCGGCCAUCAACGGGCUCAAUAUCUUCCUGGUCAUCGUGCGCGUUUUGAAGCUGUUCGACUUCCAGCCCAAGAUGGGCGUCAUCACGCGCAGUCUGACGUUAGCCGGCCCCGAGCUCCUCAACUUCUUCGUGCUCUGGUUCAUCUUCUUCCUGGGCUACGCCUUUAUGGGCCACAUGAUCUUUGGGCGGAGCAUUGAGGACUUCCGCACCUUGCAGUGGUCCAUGACAGCUUGCUUCCUCAUGAUCCUGGGAGACACCGAGAAUGAGUACAACAUGAUGCAGCUAAACGGGUGGGAGCUCGCCGCGAGUCAGCUCUUCUUCUACAGCUUCCAAAUCGGGAUGGUGUUCAUCAUUAUGAACUUCUUGGUGGCGAUUGCAGUCGACGCUUUUGCCGAAAUCAAGGAACGCACCCCGGACAACGCUAACGGCCUGUUUGAGGAUUUGGUCGAGAUCGGUAAGGAGAAGGUCGAGCGAGUCUCCAAGAAGCGCUACUCCGACAAGAAGCUGAUGAGCAAGCUGCUGUCGUGGACCCCCGACAAGAAAGUCGAGUUUGACGACGAGGAGAUCCAGCCGCUCCAGCGCACCGCGUCCGACGGAUUGGAAAUCGUGGAGAAGAAGUGGGUCCUCAAACUAGAUGCGGACGAAAUCGACAAGGAGAAGCUCGAGACCGUCUUCGGACGCCGCUCCACCUUCCAGGCGCACCAGGAGGUGACGCCCGAGAUCGGCAAGGUCGCCGACCAGAUCCUGGCCGAGUUUGGGGAGGAGGUGAUCAAGAAGCGGCGCAAGAAGAAGAAGGAGGUCCAGUUUCCCAAUAUGAAGCAGGAUAUGAAGCAACUCAAGUCGGAGGUGAAGUCGCUGCGCGAGAUGAUUGCGGAGCUCAACGCUGCGCUCCACAAUCGCUUCGACGACGUCCUGGAGGACAUGGCGCACGCGGGCAUCUCCCGGAGCACUAUCCCGGAGGAGGGCCGCGACGGGCCCGCUCCAGCAAGCAGUAACGGCCAUUAGGUCACGAGACGGGCUCCAAUAAAUGGGAGAGGCACACGUGGGUUAUGGUUCGACGUGCUGGCACAGAGCCCCUAUUUAUGCGAGCAUCACCCACGCCUCCGAGGUCGUCCCUACCAAAAAGAAAACGCCCGGCCUACUAUCUAUAAGUCUGUUGGCAGAUUGUGUGGUUACAUAUGGAGUAGGGGCGCGCGUGCCGGGGCGAGUGUGUCGUAGUUGUGUCGUAGUCACGAUCAGAGUUGAACGGUGUGAGGGUAUUGCUCGGGGUCUAUGAGACCUGCACAAUUUUAGGCUAGGCCUGCAGCCGCCAAAGCUUCCAUAACAUCCUACUUCAAGCGGAUGUCAACUUUUAGGCGUCCGCAUUUGGACGAAGGAAGCGGACUGAGGGCCGAAUAGGUGGAAAAAUAUAUGCUGGCCCACAAUCGACUAGCUCAAAAAUAAACUGAUAAUGGCAUACGAUGUUCCACAAGCAUGAUUGUGGGUGAUAAGACGGUUUUGUAAAGCAUUCCGAGUUCAUGAUUGAAAUGAGUUGCGUGAUCCACACGGUGAGGUCUCUUACAAGAAUGAC